GACUCCACCACACACACACACACACACACGCCGGUGAAUCGGUUUCCGGUUCGGGUCUUUCUCCUGCAGAGAAGGGCUUCAUGGCGGUAAAGAGGAUAUUUAAAGACUGAAAUGCCAAAUCCCGAGGACUGUCCGGUACUCUCGCUUUAACUGGAAAAAUCGGUGCAAGUGGAGUCAGCGGCGCGUGGAGUGGAUCGUAUUGAGAGCUGCUGCAGCCAGUCAAGUCUUCUUAGUGGAGUCAAAAUGGCGUCUGCGUGCCCACUCAGCUCUAGUCUAAUCCGUUUGUGAUUAUUAGCGUGACAGCUCCAUACAUCCACCCUUGAUUCGUUUCUACCGUUUCGGUUUCAAGCACUAAGUGCUCUUAAAAAUUAUUUUGUAGCGCCAUGUCGGACUCCGAGGAGGAGAGCCAGGACAAGCAGCUAAAAAUCGUAGUUGUGGGAGACGGAGCGAGUGGGAAGACAUCACUCGCCACCAGAUUUGCACAAGAGGCCUUUGGGAAGCAGUACAAACAAACCAUUGGUCUGGAUUUCUUUCUGAAGAGAAUUAGCCUUCCAGGCAAUUUGAACGUCACCCUGCAGGUGUGGGACAUAGGAGGCCAAACAUUAGGAGGGAAAAUGCUGGAUAAAUACGUAUAUGGAGCUCAUGGGGUUCUACUGGUAUACGAUAUCACCAACUACCAGAGCUUUGAGAAUCUAGAGGAUUGGUUUAGCAUGGUCAAGAAGGCCAACGAGGAAUCUGAUAUUCAGCCAGUUAUCUCCUUGGUAGGCAACAAAAUCGACCUGGAGCACAUGAGGACAGUGAAGUCUGAUAAACACCAGCGCUUCUGCCAAGAGAACGGCCUCAUCAGUCAGUUCGUAUCGGCCAAGACAGGGGACUCGGUGUACCUUUGUUUUCAGAGAUUGGCUGCUGAGAUUCUGGGUGUAAAACUAAACAAAGCAGAGCUAGAGCAGUCACAGCGGAUUGUGAAGGCUGAGCUGGUGGACUACCCACAGGAUGAAGGUCCAAUUAGUCAAGAGAACGCCCAGCAAAGCAAAAUAUGUUUGAUUCAGUAGCCGGAACGCGUGGUGAAGGCGGACAUUGUGAACUACAGUCAGGACACUGUAGCCAGGACAGUCAACCCCCC